CCAUUGCAGGCUGUCCUGUGUGAUUUUAGGCGAAUUAACAUUUUGGAGCCUUAUGUCACCUGUGACUUUGGAAGAUCAUACUUUGCCACAACCUCCAAAAAGGUUAUUAAGUCUUUGCAGUCUGGAGGGCUGUCGCUGUUACAUUUUUUCUGUGGUUGACUCAAACAAUAAUCUGUUUUCCUAUUUCUGAGUUGGUGGUGUGGGGUGGGGGCAAGGGGGAGAUUGUGCUGCACUCUGUACUUUCCCAUUGUUUCCCCCAUAUACUGCCCUGGCUUUCAGAUCAGUCCCCAAGGACCUUACCCUAGGCCCAUCCGCCUUGCUCUGUAGAUCUGAUCCAGUUUCACUAGGCUCCAGCCACACUGGUUGCCUUUUAGUUCCCAGGGAAGGUUCUUACCCUCCUCAGGGCUGUUGCUGAGACUUUCCUCUCCCUGGAAUACUAUUCCUUUUCCCUAGCCAACUCCUGACCUCCUUUGCGUUGUGUAGUCUUCAGCUUAAAUGUCACCUCUUCAGAGAGGACAUCUUUGCCUUCUCUAAACUUUAUCCCCUUCCUGGUUUCAGUUUACUGCUUGUUGAUUGCCCUUAUCAUACCUACAGCUGUUUUAUUUCUUUGUUGCUUGCUAUUUUGUUUUCCCUCCACUGGGCUGUAACCCCCAUGAGGUCAGGGGUCACCUCUAGUUUCUUCUUCCAGUCUCCAGCACCUAGCUUGCUGCCUGCAUAUCACGGUUGCUUUCUAUAAAUACUGUGGAAUGACCCAAACCACAGGAACCAUGACCCUGAAGUUAACUGGCAGUGCGGUGCUCUGUGCUUCCACCUUCGGUGAGGUCCGUAUUUUAGCCCGCUGGAGGGAGUCCGCAACCCACUACCUGAGCCCUGAUUGUGCCCGGGGAAUGGUUUCCAGGGCGACAGCAAACAGAGGGCGGGGCCUCGGAACUGAGGGCUUCUCUCCAGCCUCCGCUGGGCGCUCCCCUGAGUGGAGGCGGUGUGCAGUGGGGAGGCGGGCUCUCGAGCGCCAGGACAGCGCUUGCCGUGAGCGGCGCAUGCAGGGCCCCGGCGCCUCCCUGCUUCUGAGCGUGGGGGAGCUGGGGGCCGCGCCCCGGGGUUCUGCUGCCUGGUUCUGCCGGGAGGGCGGCCCGGUGUGCAGCUGGCGGCGGAAGCCGCAGCCUGCGGAGUCACGCACCAGAACCUCCGCCCCAUGGCCGUGUGCGCACCACACCGAGUUCCAGCCUCCCGAGAAGCUGCCGGGACCUGGGCCUGCCUCCGCCCGUCCCGAGGGGGCUCGCGCAGGCCGCAAACGCGGGGCCGGGAGCCCCGCCGCUGCGCGCGGCCUAAGCCGCGCGUUCGAGUUGCCGGCCUACGGCAUCCACGCGCAGAGCACCGAGGAUCUCUGCCGUUUCAGGUCCCCGCACACCUCGGCCCUGGAUGAUGCCCAGUCACAGGAGGAUGAGGCCCGUUGCGGCCUGCCCAUCCUGGUCGGAGGUGGUGGAGAGGACGAGACGACUUGGGGUUCCCUUGUCCUCUGGCGAGGAUUCUCCAAGGCGUCUCACCACAUGGGCCGGCUCAGAAACGCCAGGAUCCACGUGGAGAGAGCUGUCAAGCAGAAGAAGAUCUUUAUGAUCCAAGGCCGCUACCCAGUGAUACGGUGCCUCUUGCGCCGGAGAGGCUGGGUGGAGAAGAAGAUGGUCCAUCACUCAGGCACCACCCUGCUGCCACCCCAGAAGGAUCUGGAUAGCUCAGUAAUGGGUGAUAGUGACACCACUGAGGGUGGUGAGCCAUUCCCUCCCUUUCCACAGGCUGCCCCUCCUGAGGCCCUUUCCUUUGGCUCCCUCUAUCCCAGGGUUGAGACUUUGGUAUGGGCCUAUGGAGCAGGGACAGGGGCCUCACCAGGCCUGGGCUCUGCAUCCACAGAGGAUGAAGACCAGGACGAGGCGUUUCGGCCACCACAGCUGUUUGACUUUGAUGAUUUACUGGAAUUUGAUGAUCUAGAUGGGACACAUGCUCUGAUGUCCCGCAUGGUUCGGGACGAGAUCCCCUAUUUCAUCUGGACCACUCGGCGGGAUGUGUUGGACUGUCAAAUCCUCUCCAAGGAUCAGAUGAUAAACCACUAUGCCCGGGCUGGCUCCUUUACCACAAAGGUGGGUCUGUGUCUCAAUCUCCGGAAUUUGCCGUGGUUUGAUGAGGCUGAUGCUGACUCCUUCUUUCCACGCUGCUACCGCCUGGGUGCUGAGGAUGACAAAAAGGCCUUCAUAGAGGACUUCUGGCUGACAGCUGCCCGCAACGUUCUCAAGCUGGUGGUGAAGUCCAAAUGGAAGUCGUUCUCUAUCCAGGCAGAAGAGGAAGAGGCCCCAGGAGACAAGCAGCCCAAGAAACAGGAGAAAAAGCCAGCGACAGUGUCCCCAGAGUUUGUGGAUGAGGCUUUGUGUGCCUGUGAGGAGCACCUUAGCAACCUGGCUCACAUGGACAUCGACAAGGGCCUGGAGGCGCCACUGUACCUCAGCCCUGAGGGCUGGUCCCUCUUCCUCCAGCGCUACUACCAAGUGGUCCACGAGGGGGCAGAGCUCAGGCACCUCGACACUCAGAUCCAGCGCUGUGAGGACAUCCUGCAGCAGCUGCGGGCCGUGGUGCCGCAGAUAGACAUGGAAGGAGAUCGCAACGUCUGGAUCGUGAAGCCGGGAGCCAAGUCCCGAGGACGAGGCAUCAUGUGUAUGGACCACUUGGAGGAGAUGCUGAAGCUGGUAGACGGCAACCCCACGAUGAUGAAGGACGGCAAGUGGGUGGUACAGAAGUAUAUUGAGCGUCCCCUGCUCAUCUUUGGCACCAAGUUUGACCUGAGACAGUGGUUCCUGGUGACUGACUGGAACCCACUUACCGUGUGGUUCUACCGUGACAGCUACAUCCGCUUCUCCACACAGCCCUUCUCCUUGAAGAACCUGGACAACUCAGUGCACCUGUGCAACAACUCCAUCCAGAAGCACCUGGAGAAUUCAUGCCAUCGACACCCGAUGCUGCCCUCAGACAACAUGUGGUCAAGCCAGAAGUUCCAGGUCCACCUGCAGGAGAUGGGGGCCCCAAACGCUUGGUCCACCAUCAUCGUGCCUGGCAUGAAGGCUGCUGUGAUCCAUGCCCUACAGACCUCCCAGGACACUGUGCAGUGCCGGAAGGCCAGCUUCGAGCUUUACGGUGCUGACUUUGUGUUUGGUGAGGACUUCCAGCCCUGGCUCAUUGAGAUCAAUGCCAGCCCCACCAUGGCCCCCUCCACGGCUGUCACCGCCCGGCUCUGUGCAGGUGUGCAAGCUGACACCCUGCGUGUAGUUAUUGACCGGCGGCUAGACCGCAACUGCGACACGGGAGCCUUCGAGCUCAUCUACAAGCAGCCUGCCGUGGAGGUACCCCAGUAUGUGGGUAUCCGACUCCUAAUAGAGGGCUCCACCAUCAAGAAGCCCCUGGCAAUGUGUCACCGGCGGAUGGGGGUCCGCCCAGCACUCCCUCACCUGCUGACCCAGCGAGCCUCUGGGGAAGGCAAGGAUUUGGGGACUGUUACUCACAGGUCAGCUCCUAGGAAGGUUGCUGGGGCCAGGAGCCUGGGGCACACUGAGAAGCCAGACUCCACUGCCACCACCUCGGCCCCCGGAAAGGGGAAGAAAGUCAAGGCGAAAUGUGCCUCGGCCCUGGUCUACCCCAAUCUCCGGAAGUGGGAACCCCCCAGCACCAGGAUGGGCUGCAUUUUCACCAUGACCUUUGCUAGUGGGGACAGGCAACCCCACCCCUUGAACAGAUUGCCAUUGAGUCUGAAGAACCCCCAAGCCCUGGCCCCUUACCAUUUCCCCAGCCUUCACACCAAGGCCGGGCUGCCUUCUCAUGUGCUCCGAUCCCAGGGGCGGGUGCUCAGACUGCAGCACAGCAAGUUGGUGGGCUCUAAGGCCCUGUCAACCACAGGCAAGGCCUCGAUGACUCUACCUACCACCAAGGUUUUGAUUUCCUUUCCACCUAACCCUGAACUCAAGUUGGCAUCCAGCGUCCUGAAACCAAGAAAGGCUGUUGCUCCCCAGCACCUUCGUGGUCCCUGUCCUGGAAGUUCCUUGUGGCCUCUACCCUUCGAAGUUGGAAAUCUUCCUAGCACCCACAGAAAGAUCAAGGCCAAAGGCAAGUUCAAGGCCAGACUCUGUGACAGACCCAAGGCUGAGACAUGCCUCAUGAAGACAGCCUUCCAAGACCCCUGUCCUUGAUCAGUGCAUACCAGGGUCUAGGGAGCAUGGGGGACGUGAGGCUACAGAAGCCCUUGCUUUGAUCCUCACUGCCCCUAUCCUGGAUGCAGUGCCAAAUAAAAAGGAGCAAGUGAAGUAUCCUGGGCUUGGCUCCAUUCCUAUUGGAGGUUGAAGAGAAGGUAGGCUAAGGCCCUGUACCCCAAGGUCCAGAGUGAGAGCUACAGGCCAUCAGCAACCUUCCACAAAGCAAGGGCCAGAAUUGCCUCACUAGCGACAGAUAUGGGGCUUCCUAUUCGGGGACUCCCUGACAUCUCUGACCUUUGGAUGGGGGGAUAAGCCUCACUUUAUAGAUGAAGAAACUUAUAGAUGAAUCUGAAUGAGAGACAUGGCUUGCCCAAGAUCAUAUGGCAAUGAGAAAACUAGGACACACUGCCAGACUGCUCACCACUGGGCGAUCCCCAGUCUCCAAGCCCAGGGGAGAAGCUGGGCUAGCAGCAGAGUGACAUCUAAGGGUGUUAGAUUUAUAACGUAAGAUGAAAGAAGGAUGAACCUUGCCUAAACCCAGCCCUUCUCCAGAGGGAGUGGGUCUCUCCCUUCCUUAGCAAGGGGCCAUGGUUGCCUAAAAAGGAAAUAUCAGUAGUAUUUUAGUAUUUCUUAGUUGUAGUGGGUUGAAUGGUAGUCUUCCCUACACCCAAAGAUAUAUCUGCUAGGAAACUGUGAAUAACUUUAUUUGGAAAAAAAGUCUUUGUCAAUGUGAUUAAGUUAAAGAUCUUGAGAUGAGAGUACUCUGGAUUAUCCAGGUGGGCCCUAAAUCCAAUGACAAGUGUCUUUAUAAGAGUCAGAAGACACAGACACUGGAAGGCCGUGUGAAGAUGGAGGCAGGCUGGUGUGAUACAGCCACAAGUCAAGGCUUGGAGCCACCAGAAGCUGAAAGAGGAAAGGAAGGAUUCACCCCUAGAGGCGUCAGAGGGCACAGCCCUGUUGACAACUUGAUUUCAGACUGGCCUCCAGACAGAUCUAUGACAAAAUUGAUUUCUGUUGUUUUAAGCCACUCGGGUGUGGUAAUUUGUUAUAGCAGUCCUAGGAAACUAACAAGACUAGUCAAGUGGAGAUACAUAUACUCUGAUCCAGCAACUCUUGCAUAACCGAACCAGGAAAUGCAUACAAGUGAGUUUACACCACUGUUGUGCCAAUAGCCGAAUGACCUGUCUAUUAACAGUAGAAUGGAUAGACUGGUGUGGCCAUGCAGUGGAAUUCAAACCCACACCAUACAUCACAGAUGCAUUUCACAGCGUGGAACAAGAACAAAUCACAAAAGAACAUACACAGCAUGACUCCAUUUAUGGAAACACCAAAGUCGGGCAAAACGAAGUGUAUUGUUUAGGGAUGCAUAUGUAUGUGGAAAACCUUAACAAGACAAACAAGGGAAACUUCCAUGUCAGGAUAGGGUUUCCAACCUAGGAUGAACAAUAGAACCCCUUGGGGAACUUAAAAGAUUGAUGCCAGGAUCUCCGGCCCAGACUGCUUAAAUUGGUAUCUUUGGGGUGCAGAAUCACAGGGAGGGUACAGCGCUUUUUUAAAGCUUCCUGAGAGGGAGGAGGAGGGGGUUCUACUGUGGGACCAGGGUUGAGAACUACUGCCCUAAUAAGGAAUAAGAGGCAUGUUUCUGUUUCGUGCCCUGAGUGGUGGUUAUAUGGGUGUCACUUUGUAAUUCUUUAAAUCACAGAGAUGUUUAUGUACUCGUUGUAUGUUUGAUAUAUUUCAGUUUUUUACUAUAAAAGAUCUGAGAUCUUCAUUUCAAUAUGAAGUCCCCAGAGUAGUCAGAUUCAUAGGGACAAAGGAGAAUGGGGGCUACUAGCGGAUGGGAAAUCAGUGUUUAAUGGGGCAGAGCUUCAGUUCUGUAAGAUGAUGUGAUUGCACAACAGUGUAAAUGUACCUAAUGCCACUGAACUGUUCACUUAAAAAUGGUUAAAAUGGUAAAUUUUGCUAUGUGUAUGUUAUCACAAUUAAAAAAACCAAACAUUUCCUCCCAGCUAGAAUUGGGACAGAAACAGCCAAAUAAAAAGACCACAUAUUGAACUCAGCAGAAA